CAUGCUAAGUAAGGACAGCUUUAUAAAGCUUGUUGAAAGGUUAAUACCUGGAAUGGACAUUGUGCCUCUAGAGAUUGGGAAGAACGUAAUAGAGGAUAUGGAGAACAACGUCUUGAAUGCCAGUUCUGAAAUGUGUCAGAUUCUUGCUAAUGAUCCUAAUUUGCAGCAAGGCUACAUUCCUAUUUCAUUCUUCAAGAGACUCCAGAUGCUGAAGGACCUUGCUGAGAAAUGCCAAAUACCUACCAUGAAAGAUAUGGUCUCAGUUUCUGGUAGAAAGUUUAAAAAGUGUCCACAGAGGACAGAAGAAAUAGUUGAACCCAUAGUUGGAGUUAGAGGUGUUUGUGAGUCACCAGACCUUAGUACUGCAAAAGAGUAA